UGCUCUCACUCACCAUCUAGCAGAGUCCCCAUCUGCUGUCCACGGGGCGAUUCACUUGUGAGACCAUAUCUCGGAAUAAGACUCAGAUAUCGGAAGUAGCUGACUCCCAUAGCACAACGGAGGCACUCCUGGCAGGGGCGUUUCUCAUGUCGAAGCUCAAGGCAGAGAACUUUGCCUACCCGUUCAAGGAAUGUGAAACGCCGAUGCAAUAUGCGUACCAGAUGAUGGGCAAGGAGGAAUAUACAAAACAGCACACCUACUCCAUCAUGGCAGCAGAGGGUCGCAUGGAUAGCUUUAACACCUUUAUGGUCGGUAAGUUUUUCAAGCCCCGAAAAACACCCGACCGACUGCAGGCACUGGGGUACGACCUCGCGGCAGUGGUCGGGGAGGCCGGGCCCUCGACGUCAACAAUGAUGGUGGACAUCGGUGGCGGGCGCGGCGAGAUGCUUCUGGACAUCAAGGAGGCAUUCCCGCAGUUCCAGGCGGCAGAUCUCGUGGUGGAGGAGUUCAACAACGAUCUCGGCGGCGAUAUCCCGGGAAUCACGAUGGUCACUUGGAAUUUUAAAGAGGGGAGCAGCCCGCAGCCCCUGCAAGGAGCACUUGUUUAUCACCUGGCGCACAUCCUGCACAACAUGCCGGAUUUGGACGCAAUCGAGUUGAUGCAGAAGAUUUCAGCAGCAAUGGCGCCGUACUCGCGCCUGCUCGUGCACGAGUUCUCCAAAAAUGUUAAUUACGCGAAGAUGCAUGCCAGCAUGUCGGUGUUGUAUGGAGGCCGCGAGCGAACGGGGACGGAAUGGCGUCGGAUGGCGGCACUGACGGGGCUCGAGGUGACGUUCGAGGCGUAUCCCGAGCUGGGAGAGGGGCUCGUGGAAUUUCGGAGGAAGUAGAAUAUAUAAGCCAAGAGAUCGAUUUGUUUCAUUGAUCUGAGAUUAGCUCUGGUGGAGAUGGCGGAUCGAUCUGGAGGAAGGAAUCAAGAGAGUUGAGAGUGACUUUUCCGGUUAAACUCAUGUCAACUCAUCAACUCACCAUCCACCCUCCAGAGUGCCAUGAUUCCAAGUUUCAUCCCGUAUAUUGUCUUUGGGUUAUUUUUUUAUCUUUAUCGUCUGCUAGAUCAGGAUGAUCAUCUCCCAUCUGUCUCCACCGACGCCAAAUCGCCAUCCAGCCCUGCCCACGAUCUGUAAUCAAACCACUCAGUAAUGGCUCGUCUAAGCCAACUGCAUUGUCGAGCGAGUUCACGCGUUUAUUCUCUUUGCUCUCCACGAGUGCAUGAUGCAGACUGCCGAUCUCUUUAUCUUCGCCCUUGCAAGAUCGCGUCUGGCCAUCGAGUCGAGCUAGCCAGUGUAAACGUCAAGCUGGAUUUGUGACCUCGU